AAAAUUGAAAAAUACUAUCGCAAUUGUGAUAGUCUUACGAUUUCAGAAUGGCAGUUCACUGAGCAUUUAAAUGAUAUGAUAAAACUAUUAAAAGGAACAACAGUAUUCAAGUAUGACCAAGGAGCACAACAAGCUGUAGCUAAACUGGAACAGAUUCAAUCAGAUACCUUGAUUGUCAACACACAGACACUCACUGAAGUUUUAUCCGACUUGAUACUUUUAAUAACAAAAGAGGACGAGAACAUGACAAGACAAAGAGGAAAGUCUAAAAUGAGCAGUCUACAGAAAAACACGACCAUAUCGACACUAAGAUUAAAUGUGCUUUGUGGAUUCCGUGAUGUAUUUUCUCGAGACCACAGAAACAUUAAGAUUCGUUGGUUAGAAUCUAUAAUAUCCCAUCAACGCGAAACGAUUUGCGAACUUAAAGAGAUUGUGAAGAAAUCACAAACGUCAGAAGAUAAGGGAAAUGGCAUAGCUCAACAUAAACGUACAAAGCGUGAGACAACAAUGCAACCUUCGUUUUCAGAAAAAUCUUACGACCAACUGAAAUCCGAAUUAAAACAUGACCUCGUUCAAUUAUAUUUUAAACGACACAAUACAAUACCAUUGUCACCACUUAUGCAGGACAAUAACGCAUCUUUACUUGAUUUUUAUGUUCAACCGGCAAUGAAGGUUGUUGAUUUGAACAAGGGAUUAUUUGAUAGGAAAGAGCAUCUCAUGUAUCAAGAUGUUGGUGGUCUUGAAGAUAUCUUCCAGAAGAAAAACGAUAAAAUAUGCCGGAAUAUUGUUCUGACAGCCUCUCCCGGGGCGGGAAAAACAACAUUUAUUAAACAUUUGGUAUUGACAUGGUGCCAAACACAAACGAAGGACCAUAAUCACCUUUUAAAGGACCAGAAACACAUGCAGCAAUUUGAUUUUGUCUUCAUCUUCUCACUGCGAGAUGCAAGAAAUGAAUGCGAGCAAGAUGCUAUGAUAAAAAGGAUUGUUAUUAGUCAGUUAAAUAGAGAAUACUGUUAUGAAUUUCUUCAGGAGAUCUUGAAUAAAGAACAUUGCCUCGUCUUGAUGGAUGACUUAGACGAAUGGCAGCAUCCAAAUUCAUCAAUAAGAGCUUGUCAUUUUGGUAAGUCCGACUUUCCGCAUAUUAAAGACCGGCCGAAAUGCAUAAACCUGACAACAUCAAGACCAUGGACACUGAACAAUAUUCGGAACUAUUCAAAUCUUAUUGAUAAACGCAUAGAGGUUCAAGGGCUUGGAAAAGAGUCUUCUAAACAACUAGUUGGUAAAGUUCUUUCUCACUUGACAUUUUCUGAAAAGUUACCCAGUCAAAUAGAACAAGAGAAGCAAAAACAUUUUUUUAAAAUGUUGUCAUCAAAAAGAUUGCGUAACUUUGAAUCGACUCCAGUAAUAUUGAUGCAUUUGCUUUGUCUUUGGUUAGAAGAAACAGAUCCAGGUGAAUCAAGAUGUGAAAUAUAUAGCAAUAUGCUUGAACUUCUCUUCCGUAGAGCAGAAAUAACCAAAUCGUACCGGAAGAAGGGAAAACAACAAAUGAAACUCCCUAACUGUUUCACUCGCAAUACUCUAUGCAAAAGAAAUGCAAAACUUCUGCUUUCAUUAGGAAACUUGGCUUUUGCCACACUUUUUGGUACAAAUGGUGAGGCCGUGUACGUAUUUGAUAGAUUUAUUGCAAAUGGACUCAUGCAAGACCACGACGUACAACGAUGCUUAGAAGUAGGAAUUCUUUCUCAGAAUGAAACGAUUGGAAAUAAAACAGAUAGCAUUCAACUGAGCUUUUUACACAAAACAUUCCAGGAAUUCUUUGCAGCUUUAAUGAUUGCCGAUAAACCAGAAAUGGCAAGAGAAGUUGCGAUAAGGAUACCAUCCGAAACAUUUGACAAAUAUUUGCAGUUGGAAUUUCUCCUUGUUUUCUUAUCAGGGUUUGCUCCAGAAAUUGCUAGCGAGUUGACAACACGGAUUGGGAAAGAAAUUGCGAACGAUGCUGCUACAAAAGAGUUCAGGGAAACCACAGGAACAGUAUUUCUUGAAAGUCGACUUCCCAUGAACGAUUAUUGCAAUAUGAUUUCUAACUGUGUAAUGGAAAGUAUUUCCAGUGGCCACAGUCUGUUUGGAACUUUUUAUAUAGAAGAUAUAUUUAUUGAUGAUCAAUGUAUGGACAUGAAAUAUGCCAAUGCUCUUAGGAGUGUCAUCGAAAUGAAUAGUAAACAUAUCAAAUCACUUAGUAUACAUGUGAUACAGACAGUCCACGAAGAUAUUCCCGAUUGCAUUCUUCAUGAAUUAAAUACCCAAGAAGUAUGCAACCUUCAGAAAAUCUGUGUGCGGGGUAAUAUCCCAAGGGUUCAUCUUCAAAGUCUUUUGCAGAUUUCAAGACAUUCUGCUAAAUGUUUAGAGUUACGGGGAAUGCAGCAGUUUUCCGAAGACAUAGUCAUAAUUUCUGCAAUGAAGAAUAUAGAAAGUCUUUCGUUUUUGAGUAUUUCAAUGACACAUUCUGUGUUCGAAAAAUUCAUGGCCCAUUUCAGCCAGAGAAAACAGUUAUCACAACUUUGUCUAAACGACAUAAAAUGCGUGGAUCACCCCAAAGAUUGUCCUGGAUUUUCUUUAAAUAUUUCAAAUGAAUCCAAUUUAGUCUGGCUUCUAUUGGACAAAGUAAAUUUGACACACAUUCGUUUAAAUGCCGGACGACUUAAAAUAUGUGCUGUCGAGUGGCUAGCAAUACCAGGAUUCCUUAAAAGCUUGUUAGACUGCCUUUCACACUCGGAAAACCUGGAAAGUUUUGAUUAUGACGGAUCAGCUUGCCAAGAAGAUACUGAGGCAUUAGUAUAUACCAUUUCUUCUAUGCAAGGUUUAAGAUACCUGCGACUGCGCAACAUAGAUCUAAAGAAGUUUCACCUUCAUCUUGACCGCCUUCACACACUUAAAACAGUUUAUUUUUCAAAUGUCUCAAUUGAAACUGUUUUUUUGCAAAAGGUCACUGAGCACUUUAGAAGUUUAAAAUCAUCUGUUAUGUUUUGUAUGGAUAAUUGUGAUGUGUCACCACAAGAGACCUACCAACAGAUUAAGCAGAGACUAAGAUUAUCAAAGGAGAUCGAGAUAUUACUUGAUGAAGAACUCGAUUUCAAGCAACUCCAUAUCAAAAGCAUACCUUCGGACAAGACACUUAAUACUGCACAAGAAUCAGGUACGUGAAUCUUUAAUGUUACAUGCGUUUUUGUUUGAUUCUUUUCUAAUUAAUGUCAAUAUAAUUUUAG